CCCCGCGCAGGCGCGCCAGCGGCAAGCCCUCGCUCCGAGGGCUGCGGAGUCGCCUUAGCUAACCGGUUGCGCUACUCGCGUCGGGCCGGCGAAGGGGAGAGCGGGCGGUUGCCGCUGAGGGAGGAGGGGCCGCGAAGGGCGGCGGGAAGGAGCCUCGGCUUUGUUUGCGCGGCUUUAUAGCCCUCUGCGCCCGCCCAGCCUCUCCGCUUGCCGGCUCCCGUGCAGGAGGAGACGGAGGAGGACGGAGCCUGCUGGGCGGGUCUCCCACCUGCCCAUUGCCAUGGCCGGCUCCGAGCAGGACGGCGGCACCGGCGAGGCGCCGCUGCCCCUCGAGGACUCCGAGCUGGCGCUGGCCGGCAUCAACAUGCUGCUCAACAACGGCUUCCGGGAGUCCGACCAGCUCUUCAGGAAAUACAGAAACCAUAGUCCAUUAAUGAGUUUUGGGGCUAGCUUUGUCAGUUUUUUGAAUGCCAUGAUGACUUUUGAAGAAGAAAAAAUGCAGCUGGCGUGUGAGGACUUAAAAGCUACCGAAAAACUGUGUGAGAGUGAAGAAGCAGGAGUUAUAGAAACCAUUAAAAACAAAAUUAAGAAGAAUGUUGAUGGCCGAAAGGCUACCCCAUCCAUGAUUGAUCGACUGCAGAGACAAAUCAUUGUAGCAGACUGUCAAGUUUAUCUUGCUGUGCUUUCUUUUGUGAAACAAGAACUCUCGGCUUAUAUAAAAGGUGGGUGGAUCCUUAGAAAAGCUUGGAAAAUCUACAAUAAAUGCUAUACAGACAUUAAUACACUUCAGGAAUUAUAUCAGAAGAAGAUAACUCAGGAAUCCUUGACUUCUUACGCUGCAAAUGAUAAUCAUAUUGCUGCAGAAAGCAUAACGGAGGAUUCACUAAACCGUCUGAAAGGUGCUGUUAGCUUUGGAUAUGGACUUUUUCAUCUUUGCAUAUCCAUGGUGCCCCCAAACCUGCUCAAAAUCAUCAACCUGCUGGGUUUUCCUGGAGACCGCCUGCAGGGGCUUUCUUCACUGAUAUAUGCAAGUGAAAGUAAGGACAUGAAGGCCCCUUUAGCUACAUUAGCCUUGCUGUGGUACCACACUGUGGUUCGUCCUUUUUUUGCUUUGGAUGGCAGUGACACCAAAGCAGGAUUGCAAGAGGCUAAAGACAUUCUCCAGAAAAAAGAAGCUGCUUAUCCAAACUCGUCUCUCUUUAUGUUCUUCAAGGGAAGAAUACAGCGUCUAGAGUGUCAAAUCAACAGUGCCUUGAGCUCCUUUCAUACUGCUUUGGAACUGGCAACUGAUCAGAGAGAGAUUCAGCAUGUCUGUCUAUAUGAAAUUGGCUGGUGCAGCAUGAUAGAAAUGAACUUCAAGGAUGCAUUUGAAUCCUUUGAGCGUCUUAAAAAUGAAUCAAGAUGGUCCCAAUGCUACUAUGCCUAUUUGACAGCAGUGUGUCAAGGUGCCACCGGUGAUGUGAAUGGAGCUCAGAAUGUGUUCAAAGAAGUCCAGAAGCUUUUUAAAAGAAAAAACAAUCAAAUUGAGCAGUUUUCGGUCAAAAAGGCAGAUAGAUUUAGGAAGCAGAAACCAACCAAGCAACUCUGUAUACUGGCAUCCAUUGAAGUAUUGUAUUUAUGGAAAGCUCUUCCAAACUGCUCCUUCCCAAACCUACAGCACAUGAGUCAAGCUUGCCAUGAAAUUGAUGAUUCCACUGUUGUUGGUUUAAAGAACUUGCUACUUGGGGCCAUACACAAAUGCUUAGGAAAUGCUGAAGAUGCUGUUCAGUUCUUUCAACGAGCCCUUAAAGAUGAACUGUGCCGCCAAAACAAUUUAUAUAUCCAACCCUAUGCUUGCUAUGAACUUGGCUGUCUCUUGUUAGAAGAUCCACAGACAGUACCAAGAGGCAAAGCAUUACUGCUUCAGGCAAAGGAGGAAUUCACAGGGUAUGAUUUUGAGAACAGAUUGCAUGUCCGCAUACAUGCAGCGUUAGCCUCUCUAAAAGAAGUGGUCCCCCAGUGAUGGGCAGGAUGCCUCAACUCUUUCUUCUCCCUGUUUCUGCACUCAGAGCAAAACUGUUAGGAGGACCAGCUUCUCUACUGAAAACAACCACCGGUGCCAGAGACACUUUUUCCACGACAUCUAGAGUUGGUGGCAGAAAAACAUUACCAUCUUCAAUGGUUAAGGGCAAAAUUAGCCAAAAAAUAUUAAGUGUCCUAGGGCCUAAUCCAGUAGCAAUUUCUCUUGCACAAGUCCUAAUUGAGUGAGUGGGAGCUGGAAGUUGCCUAACUCCUGGGAUAGAUAUGUGAAGGCCUGGGACGAUGGGGACUGGAAAAUUGGGUUAGGUCGUGGAGAGGCAGUUGUUACUCAAUUAUUCCAGCCCCCACCUCCCACUUGUCUUCAUAUCUCUACUCUGGGAUUCUGUGGGAUUUGUGCUAGAGGACUUCUCCAGGUUUGGAAGCCUUUGCUUUUGAGGUGUGUCUUUUUUGUUUGUUCUUAGACAAGUGGAACAUAUUUAGCUUGUGAUUGUACAAAUGAGCCUAUAAUAAGCACACUUUGACUUCUAUAACAACAUUGGCUCAGUUUCUGCAAAAAGCUUUUUUCUCUCAUUUUGGUUAGGUUUAUUUGUUCUUUUGAAGAGGGAUACCAACUGUUUGUUGAAACAGUACUGUGUAAUUAAUUGUUUGAAACUGUAAAUAGGCAGAAAUAGAUAUUAUUUUAUUCAGAGGCCAACAAAAACAGAGCGAGCCUGGAAAGAAUCAAGCCUGGCUCACUCACAGCACAGCAAACCUGCUCAUUUAAGUUAUAUUGAUCAUCCAAAUGCAUGUGUAACAGAGCCUACCCCUAUAUUUAUGUUAAAUUGUGUGAAGAUUUAGAAACUUCUAUUUUUCAGCCAAAUGUUUAUUUUUAAAACCCUUAAUAAUUGUGUUACAGACAUUUUUUAUCUGUUUUAAAUGGUACUGUUGCCUACUAGCUUUGCUGUUAACAAGGUGUUUACAAAUUAUCACUCAUAUGUUAAAUAUAAUGGGACUUGCCAUGUGGCAGUCCAGACCUAUGAUGUCACUUAUCUUUAUUCCAGUUUGUUUUAGUGUUUUAUUUUUAACAAGUAAGUGUGUUUUUAAAAAAAAUCAAAAACAACUCAAACACCAAUUUUUGGAAUAGCAGUUUUCCUAAAUACUUGGGAAUUGUGUAACUUUAUAGAACUGAAGUACCAUUUUCUUUCAAAGUGGUUAGAGCCUUACUUUCACUCCUGGUAUCUAGCUAUAAACUUUUAUUCUGGCACACUCUGAAAAAUGCUUACAUUGUUUGUACUUUACCUGACUGGCUGGCUCCAACACUUUCUUGGCAUAUGGAGAGCACAAAUUUGUUGGCCCUGAUUCAGACCUUGGCAGGCUUCUAGUGAACACGUGGAGAUAAAUAUAAGCAGGGGUCUCCACAUUUCACCUCCAGCUCUCGCUGAUACUCCGUGUGGUGCAGUGCAUAUAGAGCAUUCCCCAACCUGCAUAGGCCUGCUCCCCAAACUGCCAAAUAUUGACUGGAGCUGUGGGUCAGAUUGCCCUACUCUCCCUUUGGCCAGUAAAAAGCACUUCACGACAGCUGAACCUGCUGCCUUCAAAAAGAGAAGUUGAAUGUUUAAGAGAUGUAACUACACCUUUACUUUUUAGUAACACUAUAUGCUGUGAAUAUUUCUUUAUUAUUAUCAUUAUUUAUUUCUUUGGAGGAGUCCCAUUUCUCAAUGGAUUGACAGCUUAUCUGCUUUGGUUUCAUUUUGUAGACAUGGGAUGUUUGCUCUUUAGUUUGCUUUAAAUGGCAGGAUUUGCCAUUCUGUUUCUUGGCUUGGAGAUUAAAAAAAAACACAAACCUGUUGGGAUCCUUGCAGUAAAUUCCUUGGAAGGGCAAGGGGAUUGGGAAAUUAGCAGCGCUCAAGAAAGAGACUGCAGUUGCCUUACAACAAGAUGGUUUCACCCUUGGUGGUCACACAGAGAGUCAAUGGGUAUCAAACACAGCAGCAGCAUCCUCAUCCCUGCAUGGUCAUGGGAUUGGAGGAUAAGCUUUCAAUGUUGAGCUCAUGAAACAGGAGCAGCCAUCCUACAGCUACAAAAUUUAACAAAACUUAAAACACGUAGUGGGUUGGGAGCUAUAUGCCUGUGUGAAAGCAUUUUUGACCCCUGAUUGCUUAUGCAUCUCACACACACACAAUUUUUCUGCUAGUUUUUUUUUAAAUUGGUGCAAGCACUUUACCUUAUCUGCAGUUUUUCUUUAGACACGAAUUGGUAAGUUAAACUAGCUCAGCAUCUUAGACUCUUGUAGAAGUUAACUAUUUUAAGUACACCUGUGCCAGCUUACAUGACUUGAGGAUUACACACCAAUAAAUGCCUGAGCAAGGCUAUUAAAGUUAGAAGACUUUUGCACUGGCAUGAUGGGUUCAUAGGAGGGGCUCUUCACAAGUGUCUAGAUGAUAAAUAAAACAGUAGUGACCUGACCAUGGGCCUAUUGCUGUCGCCAGGUCUGUUUUGAGAUGUGCUAAUCUUGCAAGCAAAGUAAUCUCGCCUUGUAUGUUGACAGCGGCUCAGUGCCAUCCAUGUAUUUCCCCCACUCCCACCCCUCUCGUGCACACAUAGAAGAAACCUCUAUCUUGUAAAUGUCAAAGGUAUUUUUAUAUUAGAUUAUGCCAGUGAUGAGAAUAAUCUCAGCUGUAUUUUAUGUAAUUGGAAUAAGUUUUUAUACUUUAUAGCUCGGAGGCAUGGUCUAAUAGCAAUAACAGAGUAAGCAUCUCAUUGGUUUAAUAUAUAUAUAUAUUAUUAAGAAUUUACCAGGUCUGGUAUAUUUUUGUUGUUGUUGAUACCUUAUCGCAUUAUGACGUCCUUCAAGUGAAUAACUUGAAUUUUUACAUGUCACUUUAGAUUGUUUACUUUGGUGUGCUAUAAAUGUCUUUAAUUUACAGAACUUGUACUUUAAAAAAUAUUUCUGCUGAGUAAAAUUAAGAACAAGAUUUGAGGGUUUUCCCUUCUUUGUAAUUACCCUUCAGUUAAGUAGCCUUCUAGUGAUAAAUAUGCAUAGUUUUUCAAGGAUACGUGGAUGUUUAUCAAAGUGAAUGGUGUAACUUAUGGCCAAAUUUGAUGUGGUGCAGGAGACAUGUGGAGGGUUUCCCAAUAGUUUUGUUUAAUGCAGUUGCAAGGGCAUUCAUUUGAUCAGAGUUGGAAGGAGGGUGGUGCUUAACCACCUACUGAGCAAUACACACAAGCACUUGAGAGAAUAAAUACUAGGGCCUGUUACCUUUUUCCAUUCUGGGCAGAAGGAAUUUUGAUGAGAGAAAGGAUUAAAUUCCCCUUCUGCUCUAUUCAAAUUAGGGUCAUAUCUAGGCUGGGUCUUUAGGCCUAGUUCUCCUCUGAGGUGGUAGGCCUGUGCUUGGCUUCUUUCAAGAAAGUCUGAGGAAGUGGGCUCACAGGAUUAAAUGUUCCUCUGUAUUUGACAACCACAACACCUCCACAUAGAAGACUAGCUUCUCAGGAAAAGAAGUUUCUAACCUAGAAUCCUUCUUCCUAACACCUAGUUUUCCGUGUACAGCUCAGAUUGGUUUAUCACCUCAGUGAGAACAAAGGCUGAAAUGUUCUGGGCUGCCACCGGAACCUGAAUGUUUGUUCUUCAUGUUUUAGUUUCUCCUGGUUUUGCAGACUGAGUACUUCUACCAUAUUCAGCUCAGAACUGAUUCAUACUUGCAUAGAAAUAUCAGCAUACAGAAUACAUGUGCAGAUGUUGGUUGAAUGGUGAGCAUGCACUUAAAAUUGCUGGUUUUCCCUAAAUAUACUUGGUUACAAGGGUGUGUGAUUCUUUCCUUUUAGUUUCCCCUGUGUCUACUGUAGGGAAACCCAGCUGUUUAAUAGUACUCAUGCCACUCAGUUGAUGCACUGCCCAUGUCUUGUGUAAGCAUAAUUCAACCUAUGAAAUGGGUCUCAGUUGUGGCUUGGACAACAGUAUUCCAUGUGUGCUGCAAAGACAUGUUUCCCAUGCAAAAUCUGUACUUGUUUACCGUUUUAAAAAAAUGUUUUCCUUAAAAGAUGUAUUCACUCCCCCCCCCCCCCGGAGCCAAACACUUUAUGUUCUGCCACUAAACUUUCAAUGCUUGUUUCUUAUAUUUACCACAUUGGUUCUUAAAUAAAAUCUGUAGAACAUU